CGAACGUCGCGGGAGCCUCUCUAGCUACGAGCGUCUCUAUGGUCGAGAGGGCGGAGCCAGGAGCAAGAUGGCUGCGCUCGCAGCUGCCAUGGAGCCGCAAGCUUCCGGGGGUCCCCGGCCGCCAGUGUGUCUGUUGGUGUUGGGAAUGGCGGGGUCUGGGAAAACCACCUUUGUACAGAGGCUCACAGGAUAUCUGCAUAGUCAAGGGUGUCCACCUUAUGUGAUCAACCUGGACCCAGCUGUGCAUGAAGUUCCCUUUCCUGCCAAUAUUGAUAUUCGUGACACUGUGAAGUAUAAAGAAGUCAUGAAACAGUAUGGACUUGGACCCAAUGGUGGCAUAGUGACCUCACUCAAUCUCUUUGCUACCAGAUUUGAUCAGGUGAUGAAAUUUAUUGAGAAGGCCCAGAACAUGUCUAAGUAUGUCUUGAUUGACACACCUGGACAGAUUGAGGUAUUCACCUGGUCAGCUUCUGGGACAAUCAUCACUGAGGCCCUGGCAUCCUCGUUUCCAACGAUUGUCAUUUAUGUAAUGGACACAUCUCGAAGUAUCAACCCAGUGACCUUCAUGUCCAAUAUGCUCUAUGCCUGCAGCAUCUUGUACAAAACCAAGCUGCCUUUUAUUGUGGUCAUGAAUAAAACUGACAUCAUUGAUCACAGCUUUGCAGUGGAAUGGAUGCAGGAUUUUGAGGCUUUCCAAGAUGCCUUGAAUCAAGAGACUACAUAUGUCAGUAACCUGACUCGUUCAAUGAGCCUGGUGUUAGAUGAGUUUUACAGCUCCCUCAGGGUGGUGGGUGUGUCUGCUGUUCUGGGUACAGGCUUAGAUGAACUCUUCGUGCAAGUUGCCAGUGCCACAGAAGAAUAUGAAAGAGAGUAUCGUCCUGAAUAUGAACGUCUGAAAAAAUCGCUGGCCAGUGCACAGAGCCAGCAGCAGAAAGAACAACUGGAACGACUUCGGAAAGAUAUGGGCUCUAUAGCCUUGGACACCGGGACUGCCACAGGCAGCUUAUCUCCUGUGCUGGACCCUUCUGACUUGAUCCUGACUCGGGGAACCUUGGAUGAAGAGGAUGAGGAAGCAGACAGUGAUACUGAAGAUAUUGACCACAGAGUUACGGAGGAAAGCCGUGAAGAGCCAGCAUUCCAGAAUUUUAUGCAAGAAUCAAUGGCACAGUACUGGAAGAGAAACAACAAAUAGUUUCUAAAGUCCAAAAUUUUGGAACUCUGUGUGAAGGGACUAUCCUUAUCUCUGAUUGGGGGCUACUGUAAAGGACAAUUUUGUUCAGGAUAGCAGUUUCUCUUAUUAGUGAAAUCUCCUGACUCAGAUGAAGCCAGGGAUAGAAUACAUUUGGACCUGGCAGGUAGAUGCUGAUUCCCCUUGGCAUUUUCCUUGGAUUUAUGCAAGGAAGGAUAUUCUGUUUUUGGAUGCUGAUAUCCCUUCAAGCCUAAAACUACAAGUUUUAUCAUUUGAAUGCACAUACUUUUGCUGCUGAUGGACAGAAUAGAGAGAGAACUUAGUAGGCUGGAUCUGUAGCCUCUACUUCUCCAGCAUCUUGCCUUUGAACCUGUACCACGAGUUCCCCUCCUUUUAGCAGAAAGAGAGGGGAAACAGGAGCUUGUCCAGAGUGGCAGUGGAGUCUCCUUGGCAACCAAUCAAUCUUGGUGUGAAAUGUGCCUCACACUGGGUAGCUCAUUGUAGAACACCAGGUUCAUUGAAGAAAGUGGGCAAAACAUUGUUAACAAAUAAGAAUUCUACUUUAGAGGGUGACUUGGAUAAAGAGUUUUUAAUCUUAACUUUGUUGUAAGCCUGCUUGUCAUAAUUUCAAAUAAGAAAAUUAUCACAAAUAGUCACUGCAGUUCAGAAGAGAGGUUUAAAGCCAUAUGAUGUUUACUAAAGUUCCAUGUACAUACCACACCUAGUAACCAGGUACAAAGCCAGGCCCUGUUUGUUUUGUACUUUAACUUAAUGCAGUGUAUCCUUAGUGAUUUACUCAAAGGCCACGGAUUUGGGUCAGUUGCACAUUCCAUAUAUAACAGCCCUGGUAAGGGUUUGCUUUGCCUCCACAUUCUUCACGGUAUCUUAAAACAUUAUACAUUUCUCUUAAGGAAUUUUAUUCCUGCCUAACCUGUAUUCCAGAUCAGUGGUUCUCAAAGUGUGGUCUCUGGACCAGAAGCAGCAGCAUCAUCUGGGAAGUUACUAAAAAUGGGACAUUCAAGACCUAAAUCAGAAA